ACGGGGUCACUGAUUCACUGGAGUCGCGUAGACUUUGCUACUUGGCUGCUUCCAAUUGUUCAAAAAUCGCCACCCAAUACUUUUCAAGCUUUCUUUCUUCGUAGCAACUACCAAGCAAUCAGAACAACGGUCUCACCUCAUUAAUUCUUCAUAAUCUCACUGAUUCCUUUUGCUCCAAACCUCAUCUGCAAUUGAACACUCGACUCUCCUUGUUCAACCAUGAACUUGAAGAGUUAUACGUAUAGCAUAACCUCUGCCAUAUCCACCCUCCUUUAUGUUUCUUUCUUGUUCCUCUCGGACUUGGCCAUAUCUAUUGAAGCUUAUGUUCCAGUUGAUAGCUUCACUGUCAACUGUGGCUCAACUGGCAAUUUCUCCGACGGUGAAAGGUCAUGGAGCGGAGACACAGACUCAAAGUUCUUAACUCUUCAAGACACAAAAACCAUCGUUGCUCAACCAGCCACACAACCUUCUCCGAACAAAGUUCCAUAUACCAGUGCUCGCUUGUCUAACUCUGAAUUCAGUUACUCCUUCCCAGUCACAGCUGGCCGGAAAUUUGUUCGUCUCUUCUUCUACCCUGCUUCUUACGCUGGCUUUGACCGUCAUAACGCCUUCUUCACGGUCAAAUCCGAGGGGUUCACACUCCUUAAGGAUUUCAACGCUUCGCUUAACGCCGAUGCUUCAAACAGCGACACCAUCUUUAAAGAAUACAUCAUCAACGUGGAUGAUGGGCAGAGGAUCAACCUAACCUUCACUCCAAACACAUCCCAUCCAAAUUCUUACGCGUUUGUGAAUGGAAUUGAAGUGGUGGCCAUGCCCAGUGAUCUCUACUUCACUGAACCCAGCGGACAACAAGUUGUAUUUGUGGGUUAUCCAGGUGUCCCAUACAAUAUGCAAAACAGUAGCGCCCUGCAGACAGACUACAGGAUCAAAGUUGGCGGCAAUACAAUCACACCUAAAGCUGAUACUGGCAUGCUCCGGAAUUGGGCAGGAGAUGAUGCUGAUUAUUUAAGAACGCCAAGUGCUCUGUAUAUGCUAUCCGCUGAUGAGACCGGAAAGAUGAACAUCACUGUGAGUCCUGAUUAUGAAGCACCCAUUGAACUCUACAGAACAUCACGUUAUAUGGGCAAGAAUGGAACCCUCAACCAAAUGAUAAAUUUGACCUGGGAGUUUCCUGUUGAUUCUGGCUUCACCUACAUGCUCAGGCUUCACUUUUGCGAGCUAGACCCAAACAUUACUAAAACCGGUGACAGAGUGUUCAACAUCUACAUAGCAGGCCAGUUGGCGGAGGACCGUGCCAAUGUUCUAAGAUGGAGCAAGCAAAAGGGAAUUGCUGUACAGAGAGACUAUGCAGUUACGAUCCCAGGGACUACUCAAGACAAGUUUAACCUUUCACUCCAAAUGCACCCUUCAUCAUUCGUAUGGUACAGCGACCCUUUCUUGAACGGCCUUGAAAUCUUCAAGAUUAGUGACCCCGCUUCGAACAGCCUCGCCGGGCUGAACCCGAACCUGUCCAGUGUCCCGGGUCAACCCAACCCGCCAAAGUCAACCAACUCAAAGAGCAGCAACAAGGCGACUAUAAUCGGUGUCGUGGUGGGCGCAGCAUGUGGCGUCGUUUUGCUCUCUGCUAUCGCCUUCUUCCUCCUCAGCCGUCGCAACAAGCCAAAGACGAGCGUUAUCCUGAAGGACUCAAAGUCCAACAACACCUCCAAGUGGGGCCCACUCUCCUUCGCCACGACCAAGUCAACCAGCACACAGAAAUCCUCACUCCCCUCCGAUCUCUGCCGCCACUUCUCCCUCGUCGAGAUCCGCGCCGCCACAAACAACUUCGACGACCUCUUCAUCGUCGGUGCCGGAGGAUUCGGCCACGUGUACAAGGGCUAUAUCGACGGCGGAACCACCCCCGUCGCCAUCAAGCGCCUCAAGCCAGGUUCCCAGCAGGGAGAACACGAGUUCAUGAACGAGAUCGAGAUGCUCUCGCAGCUUCGCCACCUUCAUCUCGUUUCGCUAAUCGGUUACUGCAACGAGAGCAACGAGAUGAUCCUCGUCUACGAUUUCAUGGACCGUGGAACCCUCCGCGACCAUCUCUACAACACCGAAAACCCUUCCAUCAAAUGGAAGCAGCGGUUACAGAUCUGCAUCGGUGCAGCGCGUGGACUACACUACCUUCAUACAGGCGCGAAGCACACGAUCAUCCACCGAGACGUGAAAACCACGAAUAUCUUGUUGGAUGAUAAGUGGGUGGCUAAGGUUUCUGAUUUUGGCUUAUCGAGAAUUGGGCCUACCGGUAAUACUAAAGCCCAUGUGAGCACGGUAGUGAAGGGUAGCGUUGGGUAUUUGGAUCCGGAGUACUAUAAACGACAGCGUUUAACGGAGAAGUCUGACGUGUACUCUUUUGGUGUGGUGUUGUUUGAGAUACUAUGCGCAAGGCCGCCUCUGAUCCGUACGGCUGAGAAGAAACAGGUGUCGCUUGUUGAUUGGGCGAGGCACUGCUGGAACAACGGGUCGUUGGGUCAGAUUGUGGACCCCGCUUUGAAAGGCUCUAUUGCUCCCGAGUGUUUGAGGAAGUUCGGUGAGAUUGCUGUUAGUUGUUUGUUGGAUGAUGGAACGCUGAGGCCGUCCAUGAACGACGUCGUUUGGAUGCUGGAGUUUGCGUUGCAGCUUCAAGAGAGUGCGGAGCAGCGUGACCGUGCGAUUGGGAUUGAGGUGCCUGAUGGUGAUGAUGAGGAGGAUCGUGCGGUUGAGAAGAGAGAAGAGAGUGAUGACAUGUUUAGUAGUGGAACCAGCGUUGGGCAAGUUUCUGAUUUUAACAAGAGUAGUGGUGUGAGUAUGAUGAGUAGUAGUGGAGAUAAUAGUUAUGGUAAGGACACUGAUAAGUUUUUGUCUGGGACUGUUUUCUCUGAGAUUAUGGAUCCAAAGGCUCGCUGACGCGAAAAUCAAACGCCAACAAAUUCCAUAAUUGGUUGCGCUUACUUUUUUGAGUUAUAUGGUUAGUCUAUGUUGGAAGCUGCUUUUAAGAUUCUAUAUGAAUUAAUUGCUCCUAUUUCUUCUAUAUAAUAAAAGACGUGUAAGAUUCUCUUGGUAAA